AUGCUGUCGUCCUCACUGCGCCGGGCUGCAUGGGCUCCUAUGGGGCCCAUCGCCGGCAUGUCUCGCGCAACCAGCCAAAGUAUUACUACCUCCGCGAACGGCCUCAUCGGCUCGUCACAACAUGUGCGUCAACGCCGAUACUCCUCUUCGUCCUCGAAACCCAGCGAUGGAUCUAAUAAAGUCGAUUCUUCCUCUCAGACGCCUGCGAAGGGAGUGAAUUCUGCAGAGAAACGUGAGGGGAAGGCUUCCAGACGGAGGGGCAAGGAUAGCAACGGCCGCAAUGGCUCCAAGCAGCCGACGGCUUUUUCCCGACUUCCCAGUGUUCCCUCUACCCAACACCUCCAGCCGCAUGACGUCCACGUCGCCUCCUUCUUUUCCAUCCAUCGACCCAUCUCCGUUUCCACCACCGUUCCUCCGACCUCGACCCCCGAAGCCUUCGACGCCAUCUUCACCGCAAAGAAGCCGGCUAAGCCUGAGGUGGACGAUGUCAUCUUCACCCUCUCCUCCGCCGUCAAUUCCAUGGAGAACUCCGCUGCCCACUCCGGCGAGCAGGAGGGCUCUCUGCAGUACUUCGACAUGGAAGGCAACCAGCUGGAUGGCAUGAACCUUUCCGAUCUGAAAGUCUCCGUCGAGGAACUCACCAAGCGUCUCCGUCCCUUCCACCCCCCUCCGCCACCCGUUCCCUUCGACGAAGCGAAGAACAUGGCUUCCUCCGAGUUCGAGGACGUCCCCCGGGAAACCUCGACCUACUCCACUGUCCUGACCAUCCACGAGUCGAUACACUCGGAUGGUCGCAAGACCUACGAGGCUCACACUGGUCCCUUCGUGCCCUCCGGUGAGAUGGAAGCUCCCGGUGCCAUUGGAGAGAGUGAGGCCAUCAUCGAUGUCCCCCACAAUUCCGGCACCACCUACAUGGAGCGUAUCCGCAACAACCGCACCAUGCACGCCAUUAGCACUAAGAGACGUCGCAGACUGAAGAUGAAGAAGCACAAGCUGAAGAAGCUGCGCAAGAGGACAAGGACCCUGAGACGGAAGCUUGAGAAGGCUUGA